AUGGCCCCGAUUCUUGGGUAUUGGGACGGUAGAGGGCUCGCUGAACAGAUUCGUCUUCUGCUGAAGUACCUUGAGAUCGGGUUCGUUGACAGGCGCUAUAAGGUUGGCCCAGCUUUAACCUACAAUAGUAAUGCAUGGGUGCUGGAGAAGUUCUCGCUUGGUCUGGACUUUCCCAACAUGCCCUACUUCAUCGACGAUGGAGACUUCAAGUUGACUCACUUGGGAGCUAUUGUGGAGUUCAUUGCUGAGGCACACGGCAUGGUUCCCAAUUGCAAGAAGCAGCGCGCAGUGUUGCACAUGCUCCAAUGCGAGGUUAUGGAAUUGCGUAUGCCGUUCGCAAAGACUUUUUACGGUACUGAUUGUGUUCGUCAUAGACUGAACCAGAAACUGCCGCGAUUUGAGGCUUAUUUGGGUGAGAAGCAGUGGCUCACUGGCGAAGAGAUCAACUAUCCCGACUUUGCUCUGUGCGACCUGUUGAUGCAGUUUACGAAGGUGGAGCCAGGUUAUUUACAGGAGUAUCCCAAGCUGCAGGCCUACCUGUCGCGUUUCGAGCUUGGGGAGCAAAUUCGACUUCUGUUGAAGUACCUGAAGGUGGACUUCGUCGACAAGCAAUACAAGCUUGGUCCACCUCCUGCUUUCGACAAAAGUGCGUGGUUUUCGGACAAGUUUACCUUAGGUCUGGCCAUACCCAAUUUGCCUUACUACAUCGACGGUGACUUCAAGUUGACUCAGUCAGGGGCUAUUAUGGAGUACAUUGCGGACGUACAUGACAUGGUGCCCAAAUGCAAGAAACGACGUGCGGUGUUGCACAUGCUGCAGUGCGAGGUUAUGGAUCUGCGCAUGUCGUUUGCCAAAGCUUUCUUUAGUCCUGAUAGUGAGAAGCUGAAGCCCGCCUUCUUUGAGACACUGGCGCAGAAACUGCCUCAAUUCGAGGCCUUCAUGGGUGAGAAGGACUGGCUUACUGGCGACGAGAUCAACUACCCCGACUUUGCUCUGUGUGAUCUGUUGAUGCAGGUGAUGGGAUACGAUCCAACUUAUCUAAAGAAUUAUCACAAACUAGAGGCCUACUUAUUGCGCUUCAAGCGCGCGGAACACAUCUGCCUCUUAUUAAAGUACCUGGGAGUGGAGUACACUUGCAAGCAGUACAAGCUCGGUCCGGCUCCUACUUAUGAUCGUAGUGUAUGGCUGUCAGACAAAUUCUCACUAGGUCUGGACUUUCCUAAUUUACCCUACUUUAUUGAUAAAGAUUUCAAGUUGACUCAGUCUGGAGCGAUUUUGGAGUACAUUGCUGAUGAGCAUGGCAUGAUUCCUGACUGUAAGAAGCAACGUGCUGUGCUACACAUGCUUCAAUGCGAGGUCAUGGACUUGCGCGUUUCUUUUGUCGAUCACUAUAUCAAUCCCGGCUGUGAGAAGCUGAAACAGAGUUUUCUGCAAAUGCUGCUCCAGAAACUGCCAAACUUCGAGGCCUAUUUGGGUGACAAGAAGUGGCUUAUGGGUGAAAAGGUAAACUAUCCUGACUUUAAUCUGUGUGAACUGUUGAUGCGUUUGAUGGAAUUUAACCAAUCGUGUCUGAAGAGGUAUCCCAAAUUGCAGGCUUAUCUGUUGCGUUUUCGGAAUUUGCCUGCCUUAAAGGAUUACCUAGCUGGGAAGUAG